AUGCUGGCAAAGAAAAAAUUAAAAAUAGGUUUCUCCGUAGCCGACAUAGGGGAGAGAAAAACAAUUAUCAGGUGUAAUAGGUGCUGGGAGGAAGGGCAUGUGGCCAGAUUUUGUGAAGGGGAGGAUAGGGGUAGUAAAUGUAGGAACUGUACCAAAGAGGGGCACAUAGCAAAAGACUGCGAUGGAUCUCCAUAUUGCCUGAUAUGUGGUAAAUCAGGACACAGAACGGCCACCGGGAAAUGCGCAGAUCGAAAAAAAUCAAGCUAUAAUAGCGAGAGGGAAGGACACCUGAGAGAACAUAUUACCAAAGACAUCCUGUGA